CUCUUCGGUUAUUCACUGCUCUUUCUCCUUAUCCCUCCCCCUCUUUCCCCUCCUCCUCUUGGGAAACUGUCAACAAGUCGCCGCACCUUGUUGGUUGACUGGCAAGGCUACAUAACCUCAACCCUGUAGCAUUCGUUUUCCCUGACCCGCGUCUAGACAAGGAAACUCUUUGGGCAACUCUUCCCUCCCUCUCCUCGAGGAAAAAGGCAGAGCAACAAUGCUCGUCCUCGACCCCAUAGCAAGCCUUCAAACUAUGCCCAAUAUGCUCUCCAUGCCCGCUUGUCUUACUACUCUUAUGCCCGCAAAUGCUGAAUUCUACGGAACAAUCAAUAAUGCACACCUACUCGUCACCGCCCUGGAGGCCCCAGCCGCGAUCUGAUUAUCCAACCCUCCCACCUACUGCUUUACUAUCUGCUACUACUACUACUACUGUCGACUCUACUUCGAGCUCGACUCCCAAACCAGAUCUGCCGCGCUUUUAUCAUCGAGUUCAACCCGAAUCCGAGCAAUCCGUGUCGCUCUACCAGCUCCAACUCUAAGACUCAUCUCCAACACCUUUCGUCUACCGACCACAUCACUCCCUAUCCCAACUCUAUCCAACACCACUCUUCAAUUUCCGAUUUCUUUUGGCUGUUUUCCACUCGUAUCAGCUCAAAUCACUCUAUCUCCAACCUCUCUCCCCGAACCCAUCCAAUCAUUUCCGUCGCCUCCGAUCCCCCUCCAGUCAUCUAAAUGUCACCAUCCACCCUUCCCGUUAGUAGGCGGCACGAGCGUGGCGGAAGUACGACGUUGACUCUUGAAACCACCGUCGGAAUCGAAUCCUCGGCUGUAGGGUACUACCCCACCCUACUGCUGAAAGGCAGCGACGCGACCUCUGAAGAACAGGGCGAAAAGAAAACCCAAAAAAAUGUUAUAACUAAGAUUCAAGACGCGAAGGGCGAGAAAGAUGAAGAGGAGAGGCCGAAGGAGAAGGAUGAAAAUCUCCAGGCAGAGCUCAUUUCACCGCGUGAGACAAGGAGAAAUGCGCUCGAGAAUGUUCUCGAGGCGAUGAUGGCGGUUGAAGAAGCACAAGAGCAUGUCGAGGCCCCGGGCGAGAGAAGGAGGAAAGCGCUUGAGAGUGUGCUCGAGGCGAUGAUUGUGGACGAACACGAGGAAACCGAGGCUUCCGCCUCUCCCCAACCCGAAGCUGACCUGGAAGCGUCUUGCAUCCCAGGCUCCUCGUCCCCCCGUUCUACGCGACACGGGUCAAGUCGCAACAUUUUGGUGGAAAGUCCGGAAGACGGUAUAACCGCCGGUCCGAGUCGCAUAUAUGCGCGCGAAACAGAGGCAAUCUACCUGCCCUCACGGGAUACGUCCCGCCCUGACCCGACUGACGUCCCGCCUACCCCUCGCGCGGCGGAGCUCGCCCUCCGGACGCGCUUUGCCAUGGAGGAGAUGUACAUGUCUCCCCGCGUGUUGAGUAAACAACCCGAACGCCAGUCCACUAUGGAUCAACAAGAUGCCUUGUGGGGGUUGGCUGAGGCUGCAGCGAGCGCAGCGGCGCGUCAGACGCAGAAGGAACUCGCGGACCUUAUCGGUGAGUCGGAUUCUUGUUCCGGAGAGAGGCGGGGGUUGAACGAGCGUGUCGUACGUGCAGCCGAAGUGGCGCGUGUGAUCAGGAAGAUGUACCAUCUCGCCUGGGAGCUUGAGGUCGAAGUGGACAGUGCGAACGAUGUUGGUACCAGCAAGGCCGGAGCCGGUUCCCGUCCCGGAACUGGAAAUUCCAAGCCGAGGCCGGAUCCGAUCGAGAAAGCGCAGGAUAUCUGUCAGAUUUCCCAGGCAUCGCAAGCGAGCGACAGUCGCAGUGACAAUCAGUCGAACCCCCCCGCCCCGGUGCUUCCACAUGCGCCAGCAGUGGAGAAUAAGGUCGCUGGCAUCCGCCUUUGGUUGGAGGACGUCCAAUCCCAACUUGCAGACUCUCCCGAUUUACCCUCGUCUGCUUGGGCAGGAAAGAUCAGCCUUGCGCACUCUCCGGAACCGGAGAACACGUACGAAAAGACGCUCGUCGGAGACGUCUUGUCCGUGCCAAACAAGCUUAACGACCAACCGCUCGACGACGUCGUCGAGCGCGUCUCGCUCACCGCAGAGCUCCCGAUCCGUGCCUGGAUCCGCGAGCUCCUGCGUCGCACAGACGUCUCUUCCUCCCAGCUCAAAGUCGCGGCGUGCUACAUUGUAGCCCUUCGCCCCCACAUUACCUUGGCCAUGGUCCAGCGCCAACAGGCCGCUCAUGCCGUGGUCCGCGGUACUCCUCUGACGCAUUAUCAAGCUUCCCCACUCACCUGCCCGCGCCGCACGCUCGUGGGUGCACUUGUUCUCGCCUCCAAAUUUCUCGGAGAGAAAAUAUACUCUCUUCGUGCCUGGGCACGCGUCACCGGGCUUGAGCCUGGCGACUUGGUGCAGGCGGAACAAAUCAUCGGUACUGCUCUCAAGUGGGACCUCUGGGUGGGCGCGAAUGUUCAGAAUCUCAGGAGCGACGUCUUCACUCGCAUGCUGCUUCAAAUUGUCUCCGUGCCCAAGGUGGAGCCCCCACCCGCGGUGAGAGGUGCGCGUCCGAAGGAGCAAAGUUCAAGUCGGACCGGAGCGCUGCCCCGCACGGAAGGCGAUAUCGCCCUCCAACGGAGCAGGAAGCAGACGGUUGGCUCUCCCACCUCCAGCACACAACGUGAAACUGUCGCCUCGCCGUCCCCUUUUGGAGCCAAGCGAACUCCUGCGAUGGAUCACCAACUCGAACAUGCAUUGCACCGAAAGCGUCCCGCUCCCGAAUCGGACACACAUCCUCUCUCUGACACUAGGCCGCAGAAACGCAAGAAUGUUGAGCACGUCCACGCCCACGCUCACUCGCAUGGUACCAAUGGUGCUGCCGGUGCAGGGUGCGGAACGGACGUGUACAUCAAGUCUGAACCGGUGGACGAGCGAGGGUUGUUGACCGAAGCGUACUAGUCUUGUCAAAUGAAGCCUGGGCAACAUUCGAUGCGACAUUUCUCGCCUUCCUCAACUGUUGGCAAUCUGUAACACUGGCUUUUUGAUACCCGCCACCCGAGCCGUCCUUCCAAUCAAUGAAUGGUCUGAUAAGUCUACCCUGUAAAAUAUCACAGUAUCCUGUUCAGAAGAACUCGAUUUUUUUCCUCUCUUGCUUUCAUUCUUUUCCUCCCAUAUCCCAACGCGAUACGAGUCCGACGUAUAUAACUACCGACGCUGUGCUCUUGCUUUCUCCUUUCUCACCUCCGCGUGGUUAUGUGUCUGUUCGAAGUGCGAAACUGACACAGGAAAACGAGUCGCCGUUGAAGGACGGCGCCAGCUUACAGACGGUGUAGUGUAUAUGUUUUAGGGCGGUAUCCCUCAGCGGUCCAGCUUGCUGGAAUGGGGCGGGAGAACGUAGUGUAAAACAGCUCUUCACUCUAUGUUUUGUCAAAAUAAAUUCUGGUAUUUUCAUGGGGUCCAAAUAGUUAGUUACUAAAUUUGCUUGCAUCGGCGUAUGACUUGACAAGGACGUUACACUGUUGUAUUCGUAGUGUAGGCUCACGUCACG